CAGGCUGCAGGAUCCCUGGUACCGGCGCUUCUGCAUCCUUGCCGCGCAGUACUGAUUCUGCUCCGGCUGCUCAGUGGCAGCCCUGUGACCCGUCGUGGCCGGAUCCUGCUCCCAGCUCAGCUCUGUCUCUUUGAGGCGGCGGCCAGCGCGGAGCAAACAUGCAGCGGCUCGGGGGCAUUUUGUUGUGUCUGCUGCUGGCGGUGGCUGUCCCCAGCGCCCCCGCUCCUGCCCCAACGGCGACUUGGACUCCGGGGGAGCCGGGCCCGGCUCUCAGCUACCCGCAGGAGGAAGCUACGCUCAAUGAGAUGUUCCGAGAGGUGGAAGAGCUGAUGGAAGACACGCAGCACAAACUACGCAGCGCGGUGGAGGAGAUGGAGGCAGAAGAAGCAGCUGCUAGAGCAUCCUCGGAGGUGAACCUGUCAAGUUUACCUGCCAACUAUCACAACGAGACCAACACAGAUACCAGGGUUGGGAAUGACACAGGCCAUGUGCAUCAAGAAAUUCACAAGGUAACCAACAACCAGACGGGACAGAUGGUCUUUUCUGAGACAGUCAUUACAUCUGUAGGGGAUGAAGAAAGCAAGAGGAGCCAUGAAUGUAUCAUUGAUGAAGACUGCGGGCCCACCAGGUACUGCCAGUUCUCGAGCUUCAAGUACACCUGCCAGCCAUGCCGGGACCAGCAGACGCAAUGCACCAGAGACAGCGAGUGCUGUGGAGACCAGCUGUGUGUCUGGGGACACUGCACCAAAAAGGCCACCAAAGGUAGCAAUGGGACCAUCUGUGACAACCAGAGGGAUUGCCAACCUGGCCUGUGCUGUGCCUUCCAAAGAGGCCUGUUGUUCCCUGUGUGCACACCUCUGCCCGUGGAGGGGGAGCUCUGCCAUGACCCCACCAGCCAGAUGCUGGACCUCAUCACCUGGGAACUGGAACCUGAAGGUGCUUUGGACCGAUGCCCCUGUGCCAGUGGCCUCCUCUGCCAGCCCCACAGCCACAGUCUGGUGUACGUGUGCAAACCAGCCUUCGUUGGCAGCCAUGACCCAAAUGAGGAGAGCCUGGUGCCCAGGGAGGUCCCCGAUGAGUAUGAAGAUGGUGGCUUCAUCAGAGAGGUGCGCCAGGAGCUGGAAGACCUAGAGAGGAGCCUGGCCCAGAAGAUGGCAUUUGAGGAGCCCGCCCCCGUGGAACCACUGGGUGGAGAGAUUUAGACCCAGCCCCAGCCACUGGUCUGGUAGAUGUGCAAUAGAAACGGCUAAUUUAUUUUCCCAGGAGUGUCCCCUAGGUGUGGCGUGGCCACAGCUCUUUCCUGGUAGCUUUUCCUCUGGCUUGACAAGGUGCAGUGCAGUAAAUCUCUUCCAGCUGCCCCACUUCUCUGGCUUGGGGAAGACAGGCUUGGUGGGUGAGGGCAGCAACGAGCCGCCCAGCUCUGUUGCCAGACACGCGGUUCUUUCCUUCAUGGACUGGAUUUGUUUGAAGGGAGAGGAUGGGAAGAGGUGAUGUCUGUCCAUGAUGAGGUUGGGGGACACAGGGAGGAGGGUGCCUGCCUUGCAAAAUGGACCUGGCAAAAAUGUAGCCCUCGCCUUUGCCUUGUGACCUUCCCACGGGCUGAGGCAGUGGCUACACAGGAGCUAUACUGGUCUUGUGGCCUCCCACACAUUCGUCCCUCAGCCCUCCCAGUUCCUACCUCACUGUCACCCCAGCUUGGGAAUGGUUCCUCUCUAAGCCCCAUGCUCUCUUGCUCAAACCCACACCAGCCUCAAGGCCACCAACAGUGCUUCCAGAAGAAGGGGUGUGAAAUCCUUUUAUUUUUAUUUUUUCACUUCUCUGAGGUAUGCCUGGAGCUAAGGUCAGCAAGUCUGCAUGCCCUCCAAGGUUAGCAGCAGUGUGGAGGCUGGUGAUAGACACUGUCCCCACACCAUCUGCUUUGGUAACUCUGAAAGUCAGUGUUUGGAGUGCAGUUUGUGUAAAUUAAUUUGCAAGAAAGAUACUUGGGUGAUUGUAGGGCCAGGAUUGUAAAUGAAAUUUGCAAAGUUGCUUAGCAACAAUGGAAGGCCUUUAUCAAUCACACAGAGAAAUGAAAACCAAGCCAGGCUGUGUAAACUAUGGCUGUGACAUCCAGACAGAAGGCCGGGCUCAAUGUCAGGCCUCAGAUGACGGUCUCAGGUGCCAGGAAUUGUUUUCAUCCAGGGUCAUUAAAUUUUAAAGUUGCACACGAUGUAUAUGCAUGCUUUCUUUCGAGUUUUAAAUUAUGUAUACACACAUGUGUUAUAGUCAAAGAUCAUGCAUGAAUCACUUCGGCUACUCUUUGGUAAUUCUUGGGCUUUUUUUUUUUUUUUUUACUUUCAAUAAACAUAACCCCCUUCAUGCAAAAUAAAAUAAAAUAAAACAAUCUGUAGUGUAAAGACAAAAAAAAAUUUCCAUAGAAGCAGAUUUUCCAGGCAUCUGCAGUUCACCUCUUUUAGAAUCGGAAAAUGUUGUAACUCUUAUUCUUGUCUGGAUGGGUAUUAGUUCUGAGAGAGAAAAUACUUUGCCGUCUCCUGAAAGAGCAAAUGGAAUAUAUGAGUCUUCUCUUGGAGGCUCUCUGUAAUCAAAUGCAGUUCUGGGCCCGUGUUAGCAUUAUUACUCAAACAAAAUUUCUGAAGUAAUUAACUUAUACAUUUAAAAAGAGGGCGUAUGUGGGUUCACCAUUUCAGGUUUCGGUCAUGAUCCCACUGCUUUGAAACUGCGGAGAGGUAGCACCACAUGGGGAGGGCUUGGCAGGGUCAAGCUCCUUUCCUGGCUUAGAGGAGAGAGGGCAUGGUGCAGUCCUGUCCAGGACACACACUUCCCCUCAGGAUGUGGGCCCUCUACAAGGCCCCAGCCCUUAAAGGUGGAAAGCUCUGCCACAUUGGUUUUAGCUGCUUUUCUGGGUGUUGUGGCCAAAUACCUGACAAGAAGCAAUCGGAGGGGUGAGGGCUUAUUUUGGUCCUGGUUCAGGGGUCAGAGUCCAUUGUGGCAGGGAAGGUAUGGUGGGAGAGUUUGGGUCUGCUUCCGGCAGUAUGGAGGACCAGGAAGCAGAGAAACAGCAAAGCAGGACUCAGCUUUCUCCAUUUUCCCUUUUUCUUUAUCCUGGACCCCAGCCCAUGGCAUGGGAUGGUGCCUCCCAUGAUCAAGAUGAGUUUUCCUUCCUUGGUUAGAACUCUCCAGAAACUCCUUGCCUCAUAGACAUGCAAAGAGGUGUGUCCCCUGAACGACUCAAAAUCCAUUUGGUUCUAAGAUAUGCAAGUGCUAUGUACAAACUUCCACAUAGCACUGUGCACUUCUUAAAAGCCUGUAAAUCUAAUCUGAAGAUACCACAGUAAAGAGAUGUAAACGUUUAGCAAAACAAUAAAUGUAAUUGAUGAGAUCACCUA